AUGGGAUCUAUUACUCUCAAUUUUAAGGACUUCAAAAAAAAUAAAACCGCUUUAGAAGUGUCCCCACAAGAAACCAUUUCCCAAGUUAAGGAAAAAUUGUCUAAAUCGCAUGACUGUGAUAUUGAUCAAAUUAAGCUAAUUUUUAGCGGCAAAGUUCUACAAGAUUCCAAAACUAUAGAGGGCAGUAAGUUAAAUAAUAAUGAUCAGGUAAUCUUUAUGAUAUCUAAAAAGAAGGUUUCCAAAAAAGUUAUAGAUCCCAUUACUAAAGAAGGCGAUGGCCCUGUACAAAGCCAAGAAAACACCAGUAGCUCAGUACAACAGGAAGAAACUCAUCAACAGUCCUCAUUACCACCAUUGCCUUCUCAACCAGUUCAGCAGCCUGCUCCAGAAAAUCUAGAAGAAUUGAUCCAAAGAGUUUUAGAACUAGGUUUUACUAGGGAAGAAGCUGAAACUGCUCUAGAGGCAUCCAAUUAUAAUCCGGAUGCCGCGGUCGAAAUUCUUAUGAUGGGUGUUCCCCUUGCCACUUUGAGGCAGCAGAUGCAAAACUCUACUAGCUCAUCUGCCCCCACAGCUAAUACAGGAGCGGUUAAUACAGAGGCCGCUAACCAAGAUGACUUGUUUGCACAAGCUGCCGCUGCAGUUGAAGGCAGUGUUCCGCAUGAUCGCGCUCCAGGUGGUACCCCGGGCACUAUUAGUUUGAACGUACAAGAUAUAAUGCAACUAAGGCAAAUUGUUAACGGUGAUCCAGAGGCGCUAGCCCCAUUUUUAGAAAACAUGAGCACUAGAUAUCCUGAAUUAACUCAGCAAAUCCAAUCCAACCCAGAAUUAUUUUUGGGUAUGUUGUUGGAUGGCUUAGGUGGUAACUUGCCAGACACAGAGGAAGAAGCUGCUGGCGGUGAAGAUUUAGAUUUACAUUCAGAAGAAGCACCAAGUAAUUUUCCGGGCGUAGAACUAUCAUCAGAAGAUGAGAUUGCCAUCGGUAGGCUAUGUGAGUUAGGUUUUGAAAGAUCCUUGGUUAUUCAAGUCUAUUUCGCAUGUGACAAGAAUGAGGAAAUUGCCGCCAAUGUUUUGUUUUCUGAACGUCAAUAA